GAUGUGUUGAAACUCGCGGUCACCGGUCAGGCACACUCUAUGCUUCGGAGGGGCCGGUAGUGACACCAGUUGCUUUGGUUAGCUCGCUAAAGACACGCUGCAACUACAUUGCCACAAACUGCAGCUCGACCAGGCCCGGCCCUGCUCGAUCGGUAGUUCGCUUCACCUCGGCCGGACGCACGACUCCGGCACGCACGCUGCCGUCAGUCAGAGUCACACUCACACGGACAGGCAGCUGCAUAUAUAGGAGUCAAGCUCCAGAAACGCAAGCAUAAGCAGCGCAUAGGGCUCCAGUACACCACCGCCUCGGCCGGCUAGCUACCAUUAGCAGUAGGAGCAUAGCAUGGCAAUACUGCCGCGGCCUACGGCGGUGCUUGUUGCGGCGCUGGCCGUGGCGCUGGCGUUCGGGAUGGCGUCGGCGCAGGGUCCGGCCGCCGCCCCUGGGCCGGCGGCCGGGAUCAGCGAGGAGUGCUUCAACGCGGUGCUCAACAUGUCGGACUGCCUGACGUACGUGACGGCCGGGAGCACGACGCGGCAGCCGGACAAGCCCUGCUGCCCGGAGUUCGCCGGGCUGCUCGAGUCCCACCCGGUCUGCCUCUGCCAGCUGCUGGCCGGCGGCGCCGAGUCCUACGGCGUCAGCGUCGACUACAAGCGCGCGCUCGCGCUCCCGGGUAUCUGCCGCCUCACCGCGCCGCCCGUCUCCGCCUGCGCAGUUUUCGGGGUCCCUAUCCCCGCGGGAUUGGUGCCUACUGCCGCGCCCGUGUCAGGCCUCUCUCCAUCUUCUGGCGGCCCAGAAGUGCCUGCCAACACGCCGGCCGGCUCAGCCAAAUCCUCAAGCCACGUGCCGGGACGCGUCAACGCCGGCGGCCUCAUCAUCGCCCUCGCCGUGACGGCCGCCGCCGGGAUUAUGUUCUAGACCAUCUCUCAGAGUUUGUUGCCAGUCGUCGUCUUAAUCAGACUUGUGAUUCCUUCCUCAUUAUUCUUACAACACAUAUAUGUUUGUGCAUUAUGAAUUUAUUAUUAUGAUACUUAUUACCACGUACAAAACAACUAUGCCAAGCACGAGAUUCUUCCGGAUUUGUUUCCUUGUAAUAAUUCCUUGGGGGUCCUGUACUGUAAUUUGCUAGAGCUCGUGACGCUAUGUACUAGUAGUACGUAGCAUCGUCUUGGUAUCUUUCUACUACGGAUGCAGUUCAAUGU